AUGAGACUGGCCGCGUAUGCUGGGGCCUCGGUGGUCCUGGCCACCGGUGUAUUUCUCAAAGCUCUUCAUCAGAGGGCCAAUUUCUAUUCAGCAUGCAUCUACCUUUCGCAAAGUAGCGCGAAUCUUAUGAUUCUCACGAAUUUAUGCCUUCUUAUCACGGGCUUUGUACUUUUCUGGCUUCAGCGACUCCUGUACGGCCCCCUGCGAGCGAUCGAAACCGAACAACUCUACGAACGGGCGUGGUUCGCUGUUACGGAGACAUGUCUGGCUAUGACCAUCUUCCGGGGUGAACUUGGAGGCUGGUUCUUGGUCAUGUUCAUUUCGCUACUGGUUGGGAAGGUUUGGGGCUGGAUCGGUGAAGGUCGUGUCGAAUAUCUGGAACAACAACCUCCGGCUAAUCCGCGCUUGUUCCAUAUUCGCCUGGCCCUAUCGCUGGUGCUGACCGUGACAUUUGACUCUUUAAUGUUGCGAUAUUGCGUACAUACCGUCAUCUCUCAGGCGCGACCAGACAUGAUGGUCAUGUUCGGAUUUGAGUUCGCAAUUUUGACUAUCCUCUCGACUUCGACCCUCCUCCGAUAUGCCAUCGCAUUGACUGAAAUAUCUAUAACUCGCCAGCAAGUCAAAGCCAAGAUAUCUGAACGUCGGGGCUGCCUCCCUCCUACGGACUUGCCCGAUGAGAACGAUGUGGAUGAGAUGGACAUUGACGUGCCCGGAUGGGAAGAAAAGGGCCGCUGGGUGUUUUACCUGGAUCUUUUGACCGACUUAUUGAAACUCGUGAUCUAUCUGUCCUUCUUCGGGAUUCUCCUCACUUUCUACGGCCUGCCUAUUCAUAUCCUGCGGGAUGUUGUGGUCACCAUCCGCUCAUUCGCUCGCCGCAUCAUGGACUUCAUGCGCUACCGAAAUGCGACGAGAGAUAUGAAUGAGCGAUAUCCAGAUGCACCGGCAGAAGAGGUUUCCCGGGAGGAUGUGUGUAUCAUCUGUCGCGAGGAAAUGCACCCAGUUCAGCCAGCAGCAGGUGCCGGCGUGGAGCCUGGGCAACCAGCACCUGCACCGCGUCGUGUUCCCGACCGUCUUCGUCCCAAGAAGCUCCCGUGUGGGCACAUCUUGCACUUUGCGUGCCUCAGGAGCUGGCUUGAGAGGCAACAAAACUGCCCGACUUGCCGGCGUCCUGUUCUCGUGCCCACUCGAACCCAAGGAGCUGCUGCAAAUAAUGCUGCAGCUCCACGAAAUGAUCAACCUGGUCCACCAGGUGUCAAUGGACAGCCUCGUGCGCGAGUCUAUCAAUUUGGGCCCUUCCGAAUUGGCUUUGGGGCUGUGCGCGGAGACAUCUUCCACAACCUUCACCAACAGAUUCACCAAGGCAAUCCAGCCGGGCAACCCGCUGCACACCCCGUCCCUAAUGCUCCGGGCCGACAGAUUGGGCUUGGAUUUGGCUUCGGCCGCCGUCCCCAACCCCCCACCCCCGCGCCUGCCCCACAGGCCCCAGGGGUACACGCAACCUCCGCUGUUGAUCUCAAUGUUCAGCUACUGCAGAUUGAGCAGCGGAUUACCGCUGAAAUCAACUCUCUCCGUGUUGCCACAGAGCAGUUGAACCGCGUGCGUCAGCUCCAGGUGGAAUUAGAGCAAUUGCGCAUGAACGGAACUCCUCUUGCUCAGCCGGGUCCUCUGAAUCAUGUUCAGUUUCCUCCUGGCUACUCCAGCCACCGCUUUGAUACAAGCCCCGAAAAUUCUUUACGUUCUGGAGACCCUCGUCUGCCAGAAGGAUUUACACUUCCUCCUGGCUGGACUCUGUUGCCCCUGCAAUCUAUGCAGCCUAGCGUCGGUGUACCACAGGCAGUACAAGUUCAGCCUCUGAGUACCACGGAAACUGCCUCGCCUACAGCCCCGUCUAGUGCUACGGUUCCCCAGGAGGCUAGCUCCCAUACUUUCACUCAAUCUCCGCUUGAUGGAGGAGUGGAAGUAUCGGGCGCCGCUACGGAAGCACUCUCGACUGCCAACGGAAAUGCCAGCCUGCAGCCCACACCCACUGUUUCUUCUACUGAGCCCCGGGCGGACUCUCCCUCUCAAGAAUGGACAGAUGUUGCGCCCACAGAGUCCACCGAAUCUCCCAAAGUUGGCUCAGCCUCCAUCCCGACUACCUGGGGUAGCAAUGGUGCAACUGCCACUGCGCGCGAUGCUCCUGACUCCGAUCAUUCGGAGUCUAAGGGCAAAGCUCGCGCAGUAUCGGUCGAAGAGACCGAUGAAGACGCAUCUUGA